UAGUUGUCAGUGGACAGUGAUAGCGAACAGCUGAUCGAUUGAUUGAAAACAUAACCUAACAUUUGAUAUGAUAAGCAAAACAUAAAUAAGAUUCAAGGGAUCUGAAUAGAAUCCAAUAUGUUAUGUGAUUAAAAUAAUCAAAAAUGAGGUCACUUUUAAUAAAAAGCGUGUGUUUCAGUACGAAGAGCUACCUACAUAGGUGUAUCAAUACGCAACAUCCUAGAGUGCGGUUUGCUCCAAGUCCUACAGGAUAUCUCCACUUAGGAGGGCUACGAACAGCUCUAUAUAAUUAUUUAUUCGCCAAAUCUAAAGGAGGUUCAUUUAUAUUGCGCAUAGAGGACACAGAUCAAUCUAGAAAAGUUGAUGGUUCCGUCGAAGCUUUGGUCAAGGACUUAGAAUGGGCGGGAAUACAGUGUGAUGAAGGACCGACAGCGAAAGGAAAUUAUGGUCCUUAUGUACAGAGUGAGCGGUUAAAUAUAUAUCAAGAACACAUACAGAAGCUACUAGACAAUGGAUCGGCCUACAAAUGUUUUUGCACAGAGAGGCGACUGAACAUAUUAAGGAGAGAUGCUGUAAGGUCCCAGAGGACACCUAAGUAUGAUAACCGGUGUCGGAGUCUUACACAAGAAGAGAUCAAUAAGAAGAUGGAUGCUGGGGUCCCUUCUUGUAUUAGGUUUAAGCUUACUUCAGACUGUCAGUACUUCGAGGACAUGAUCUUCGGAGGGAUAGCAUACGACGUGUCCCUGAACGAGGGCGACCCAGUCCUCAUGAAGAGUGAUGGAUACCCGACAUACCACUUUGCUAAUGUGGUGGACGACCAUCUGAUGGACAUCACACAUGUUUUGCGGGGGGUUGAGUGGCAGAUCUCUACUACUAAGCAUUUGCUUAUUUAUAGAGCCUUUGGAUGGUCGCCGCCGCAGUUUGGGCACAUGCCUCUGAUCGUGAAUGCUGAUGGUACGAAACUCAGCAAGAGACAGAGUGACGUCAAAGUGGAAGAUUACAAGAGAAAUGGGAUAUAUCCCCUGGCGUUAGUGAACUACAUAACUUUGUCUGGCGGUGGAUUUGACCACGUGCCUGGGGCUGGCGUCAGACUCAAGUCCAUGGAAGAUUUGGCUGAAGAGUUUCAGAUCGACAAAAUCUCCUCACACCCAAGCCGCCUAAACCCGGACCUUCUCGAAGAAUGCAACAGACUAGAAAUCAAACGACAGCUAAAAGACGAUCAGCUGUCAAAAACCUUAGUAACAACUUUACAGGAGUUAAUAACCAAAACGUAUCCUCAACACAACUUGAAUUUAACUGAGGAACACGUAACAACCAUUUUAAAUUGGUCUGCCACCCGAAUAUCAAGGAUAGAAGAGUUAGCGUCUAAGAAGUUUGGUUUCCUCUGGAUAUUACCAACAAAUAAAGCAGAGGUUGAUCGUCAAUUAUUAGAGAAAUUGCUUAAAAACUUGGAAGGUCUCGAGAAGUUCGACCAAGGGACUUUAAAGGAGAAUUUAAGGACGUUUUCUACGAACAAUAAUGUAAAGUUUCCGGCGUUAAUGAAGAUGUUGAGGUCUGUGAUCAGCGGCUUGGAUGAAGGACCGGGAGUGGCUGAGAUGAUGGACCUACUUGGUAAGAAUCAGACUCUAGCAAGAAUAAAGGCAGCAGUACGGUAUUGAGCUGUUUUAUUCUGAUCCCUUAUUUUAGUCUCAU